CAGUCCCGGCGGCCGGAGCGCCCUUGCAAUUCCGCGCGGACUUGCCGGGAGAAGGGAGGGAGUCGAACGCAGCACGCUCCGCGCUCCCUUCGCCAGCCCGCCUGCGCCGGCGAGGACCGCUCUCCGCUGGGUGCAGGCUGCUCCCCAGCCCCGGUUCCCGAGCGGCAGUGCUGGGGGUUCUCCCGGCGGCCUUCAGGGGAGGGCGGGGCCGGACGGGCAGGAUCGGAGGCGUGGCUGCGAAACCGGGGUCUCUUUCGCUUUCCCUUUUGUUCUCUCCAACCGUCGCCGACACUCCGCGCGGGAGAGGAGCGCGCGGCUUCCCGGGCGCUCCGGUUUCCGCCCGCGCGCGCACCGCCCGGGAGCACAGCACCUUCCCGGCUCCGCGCAGAGGCUGCGCCACGUAGCCUUGACCCGCGACUCCCCUGCAGCUCCCGCGGACGCACCAACGAAUCGAUUCGCACGCUGGAGGGGACGGAGUCGCGGGGUCGUCCCGAGGCCAAGAAAUCCCCUCGCCAUGCAGUCCCCUCCCGACUGGCCCCCGACGUCCGGCACCCUGCGGCCCUCUCCCUUCCCGCACCCUGCACUGCACGCCCUGCACCGCCUGGCCCGAGCCCUGCUCUUUCCGGCUUACUGGGCGCUGGACCAGCUGCUGGGCUGCGGGGCGCCGCUGGCGCGCGCGAACCGCCGCCGCGCGCUGAGAGCGGCCGCGGGCGCCGUGGGGGCGCUGCUGCUGCUGCUCCUGGCCGGCCUGCCCCUCGCCCUGCCCGGCCUGCUGCUCUGGCUGCCCCUGCAGGCUUGGCGCCGCCCCUUCUGCUACCGGCCCCCUCCCGAGUGCUGGGCGCCCCCGGCGCCCUGGCGCCCCUCCGCUGAGCCCGCGCGCUGCUUCGGCUUCCUCAGCGCGAACCUGUGCCUGCUGCCCGACGGCCUAGCGCGCUUCAACAACUUGCGGCACAGCCAGCGGCGCGCCGAGGCAAUGGGCGCCGUGCUCCUCGCCGGCCUGCGGCCCUCGCGCUAUGGGACUACGGGCUGCAGUCCGCCAGGGCCGGGGACGCCCGGUGGGUCGCUGAUAGCCGCGGUGCCGGCGGGGCUGGACUUCGUGUGCCUGCAGGAGGUGUUCGACCUGCGCGCGGCGCACCGCCUCGUCGGCCGCCUAGCGCCCUAUCUGGGCCCGGUGCUGUACGACGUGGGCUCCUUCGGCCUGCAGCCCGGACCGCACCUCAAGCUGCUCGGCAGCGGGCUGCUGCUGGCCUCGCGUUAUCCGCUGCUGCGCGCCGCCUUCCGAUGCUUCCCCCACGCACGGCGCGAAGACGCGCUGGCCUCCAAAGGACUGCUUUCCGCACAGGCGCAGGUGGGCAUCCUGGACGGGCGCCGCAUCGUGGGCUUCCUGCACUGCACGCACUUGCAUGCGCCGAGUGGGGACGCGCCCUUGCGCUGCAAACAGCUGACGCUUCUGCUGGACUGGAUCCAACAGUUUGAAGCCCAGAGCCGCCCGGGGGGCGAUGCCGUGGCCUUCAGCGUGCUUCUGGGUGACCUAAACUUCGACAACUGUUCUUUAGGUGAGGGGGAAGCCGCAGGGGGCGGGAUCAGCGCCUGGCCACGCCCACCGAGCGCUGGCCUCUCCCCCGCAGACCACGCAAAGGAGCAGGAGCACGAGCUCUUCAGCCACUUCCGGGACCCCUGCCGGCUGGGCACUCGCCGGGAGCAGCCCUGGGCCCUGGGCACGAUGCUGAACACCUCCACCCUGCGCCACUCGGUGGCCUGCUCCUCCGAGAUGCUGCGGAGGGCCCUGGAGCAGGAGGAGGGGCGCCACCGCUACCUGGCAGGCCCUCCGGGCGAGGGCCCCCGCACUAAGCCUUGGCGGGGCCGGCGCGUGGACUAUGUCAUGUACCGGGGAGUGGCCGGAGGCCCGCUGAGCCCAGUAAGUGGCAGAAUUCAGGGCGCUGGGCCGGCCGGAGCUGGGGCGACCCCUCAGCCUGACUCCUGCCCCCAGGAGGUGGAGCACGUGACCUUCAGCACCGCCCUGGCGGGGCUCACUGACCACCUGGCCGUGGGACUUCGGCUCCGAGUGUCUGUGCCCUCCUGACGCAAGCACGCAGGCGCGGGCCCGGGUGGAAAGACGGACACGGAGGCAGAGCGUGAGCCUGGCCAGUUGCCGCGGGGACGGGGCGCCUUAAGAGCUGUUUAUUGUGGGGGCCGUCCUUCACACUGCCUCCUGGGCCCUGCGGUACUCGUAGACGCUGCCGCGCUCGGGGAAGGCUGGGGGUUGCUGGGGCGACCCCGGCGGCGGUGGCGGCGGGGCGGGGUCAUCCGGGUCCCCGUAGCCCCCACCGCCCGGUGUGUGCAGGCAGAACACGUCCUGUGGAACAGGGGGACAGGCUCAGCGCGGGCAUGCCCUCCCCACCAGGCUGCCUCCCGCUGCGGCCCCAGCCACCCCCGCCUCCCUCCACAGCGGCCCGCCUGGACCACGGAGGCCCAGCGCGCGCCCUCUGCCCUUCAGAAACCAAAUUAAAUUCAGUUUCCGGUCA